CCCGGCACCUUGGAGAGCUCCGCGCCGCCGCCGGGCUCGUUCCUGGGCUCGUUGCCGGGCUCGCUGCGCGUUGCUGCGCGGGGACGGGGCUGCCCCGCCGCCCCUCGGCAACCCCGGCGGCCGCGGAUGCGCCGCUCCGCCCCUGCUGCUGGCGAAGGAAGAAAAGUUUGGGGGGCGACUUUAGGGCCGCCGGAGCGGCGGAGGAGAAGGAGGAUGCGCGGUUUCGCCGGCUGAUCGCGAAGGAAGGAUGACCGAGGGAGGAUGUGCACCAGCAGCCAGAUCAUCGGGAGCCUCCUGGUGCUCUCCGUGCUGGAGAUAGGGUUAGGGGUGUCCAGCGUGGCCGUGGGGGCGGUCAGUUUCAGCCUGGUCCUCACAGAGCAUAAACCUCAGCUGGGAGACUCUUCUCCGGUAUGGAGCGGGGUGUGUUUUCUGCUUUGUGGCAUAUGUGGAAUAUUGUGCGCCAAAAAAAAAUCUGGACUUGUUAUGAUACUUUUUUCUGCCUGUUGCAUCUGUGGACUAAUCGGAGGAAUUUUAAAUUUUCAAUUUCUUCGUGCUCUGACAAAGAAGUCAUCUGCUCUCUAUUCAUUGCAUCUUGCCUCCAUGUCUCUUGCAUGCAUUGGAAUUGGUGGUUGCACCCUUUCUUCAUGGCUCACUUGUCGGCUAGCCAGCUAUGAACAAAGGCGAAUGUUCUCAGAAAGAGAACAUUCAUUGCAUCACUCCCAUGAAAUGGCAGAAAAAAGAUUGAGGGGUAUUGAAAUAACCGACCUGCCCAGCUGCCCGGUGGUUCCCCCGACACCAGAGUUACCUCCAAGGAAAUGACAGACAACCUAAGCAAUGGUGGCCCACAUCUGAUUUAUAAUGGAAGCGUAUACUAAAUGAUUUUUUAAAGUUCCGUGGAAUGAAGUGGUUUUAGAAUUUUCUUCAGGAAAAAGACAAUUGACUCCAAGAGAUUGAGAAAAUGGAAGUAUCUUAGCUUUUAUGGCUCCAGUCACAACUGCAGAACAGCACAGUUGCAUUUCCCUUUUAGAAAUGUUCAAAAUUUGUCUUCUAAACAUUUUGCGGAUAUACAAUAUUUAUUCACUUCCUGGCUAUUCUUUUUUUUUUUUUUUUUUUGGUCUGAAUAACUUUUCAGAAUUGUGAUAGUAUUUGAAAUGGACUUCUCGAGACUAUUCUCAUGAAGACUCAAAAAACAGAAAAAAGUAAUGGAAUAAUUCAACUGGAAAACUGGACCACAUUUAGCCCAGUCACAGGAUUCCUGAAGAGAAUGGAAGAGGGCAGAGGAAGGAUGGCUCAGGGCAAUCUUCUUGUCCUCCCCAGUUAACAGCAUCUGAUGUAAUAUGAUGGCUUCAGAUCAUGUGGCAUGGUACCAGCAAUGCAUCUGCACAGCCCUCCUCCCCACAUUGCAAAUGCAUCCAGCCUCAGUUUUCCCAGUAGAUUGUAUUAAAAAAACAGUGCAAAUUACUCCUCCAAAAUGCUCCCAUUUCAUAUGCAGAGUGUAAAUGAACAGCGUGCUGAAAACAACACCAAUGUCUUUGUUUUGAAAGACAGAAUGCUCUAAGAACGCCAUAAAUCAAAACCUCAACAAUGCCUUGUUGUAAAGAAAUUGUAAAUAUUUCCAAUUUGUGAAUGAAGUAUAUUUCGUAAUUUGUUCAUAAAAGAUGACAAAUAAAAUGAAAUCCAAAACAGUAAUUUUAAAUAUUUUUUUCUCUUUAGAAACACCUGUAAGGCUGAACCACCAUGCUUGCAGUUUUGCAUAACACAUUAAAAGGUUCCUAAAGGGAUGAAACAAGCUCAGAAAGGAAGUAAGGAAGUUUGAACAGAAGUAUUACCAAGGUCAGAACAUUCUGGCAGUUUUGAACACCCACAACGAAGUCUGGGGUCUGUUAAUGUUCAGACAACAACUUUAACCGACUCCAAACUCUAUUGUGGGAUCUACUGGUUCAUAUAGUCACAAAAAAUGGAAGAUGCUAUCUGUAACAGAGCACAGCAUAAUGUACAUAUAAGAUAUUCCUAUAGAAACAUUUAUAUGUUAUACAGUGAGUUUAUGACAGUACUGUAAAGCCCACAACUUCAGCAUCAGUUUGAGAUGCAGGCAUUGUUGAUGACUGGCAACAUCUGGUGAUGUAUACCCACAUGCCCAGACAGGUGUGAAUAGAAUCUUUCCUCCUACUGGUCCAUGUGUUGAAUGGACAGCAUGUUGUACAGACACAGUCAA